UUUUCCUUCUCCUCUCCCUCCAUCCUUCCCUCCUCUCUCUCUUGCCUGUCCAUCGUGAGGACGGCGCAAGAGACAAGCAUGGCUUCCUACCUCCUUUCGCUCUCACCCUUUAAAGUCUUCGCUACCGAAGCGGGCGACUCAGCAUCAGCAUCAGCAUCGACGUCAACCUCGACGUCUACUUCAUCGACGAGCACCGGCCUCCCACCUCUCACAUCCUCUCCUCGCCCUGCUACGCCUCGAAGCAGGAGUGGACGACGAAGCAUGAAGAGGGACAGGCCAAGCCCUGUACCUGCUUCCUUCUUUGGCGAUGUGCCGCAAAGUUCCGUCGCCACCAGCAGCUCGCCAAUUCGCGCUAGCAAGCGAAAGGGAAAGGGGAGAAUGCUCACCGAGGAUCAAGAGGAGGAGGCCGGCGGCAGCGGCAGGCUGAGCAGCGAUGCUCAUUCUGACGAGGGCGUCGAACUCCUUCCGGAUGGCGAGGACGGGGUCGUCAGGCUAGACCUCCUCCGUCGUCUCCCGCACGAGAUUUCUCUCCUCAUCCUGCUAUACCUACCUACCCACCAGUCCCUCGUAAGCCUUUCAGCCGUCUCCCGCUACCACCGCUCCCUCGCAAAUGACCCUCUCUUGUGGCGGGAACUCUUCUUUCGCAAUCCCGGUUGGACCCUUAGAGAGGAUGAGGAGUGGGUGGAGGGAUUGUUGGAUGAUCUCGAGGGUCGAGAAGGGGUGCUCCUACCUGAGGAAAAGGGCGUUGGCGAUGAAUCGACUUAUGACAUGACAGACCUCCAGAUCGGCGAUCCGGAUUCGUCGUCUUCGCGCAUCUUGCCCUCAUCUUGGUCACUCCGCGUUCACGGCAAUCGGCAACGCAACAUCGACCGACUCAACUGGCGCUACAUCUACUCUCUGCGCUUCUACCUGGCUAGUCGAGUUGGGCAAGUCCACUCGCGAUGGGGAUGCGUCAAGGAUAAGCAGGUUAAGCACCCUUCGUGGGACGAGGACUUCUCUGACGAUGAUCGAUCCAUCUCCAGCAACGAAGAGAGCCAAGACGAAGGGGACGACGACGCAGACUCUAACGCCAUCAGCGAGAAUAGCGAGGACGAAACGGACGAAGCCUCAUACCGUCGUCGUGUCGAAUCCGAAUCACGCGCCGCCACCCUCCAAGCUCGCCUCUUCCCCUCGUCAACAUCCAAGCGCACCCGCCAUAAUGCUCAGCACCACUCUCGCAGAAAUCGCACCUUUGCUCCGGACUUGCGUACCAUCGGCUCCCACGAGGACAACAUCUACUGCAUCAAAAGCUUUCUCCCACCCAAACACUUUGCACCCACCGUAGGCUACAUCGUCACCGGGUCGCGCGAUGCCACAAUUCGCGUGUGGUCCCUCUCCUCCCCACCCUCGACGUCCACCUCCAGCUCCACGAUUUCGAACGGUCAGGAGGCUCUGCUCUCCACCAUAGCCCCUCGCAUAGGGCGAUGCACACACAUCCUCCGGGGAGGCCACACCCGCAGCAUCGUAGCACUAGACGUCUGCCCCAAGGGCAUGAUUAUGGUCUCCGCCUCUUCCGACUCCAAGCUGGGCAUCUGGAACUGGUUCGGCUGCGAUGAGGCUGUGCAGGCCGCAAGGGAAGGGCGACAGUGGAAACCCCGCCUUAUCGACAGGUGGAACUGCUACACGACGGUGAUGGACGUGAGGUUGAGCGAGGAAUGGCUCUGCUUCGGGCUGAGGCAGGGCAUGGUACGCUGCUAUCGUCGUCUCGAUCUGCUUGGCGGGAAUGCUCAGGCGAGCAAGCGAGCAGAGGAGGAAGAAGAGGAAGACACGAGUGUCACGUCCGCCUUUUCACCCCUCGACGUCGUACCACCAACGUCAGAUGCAGCAGCGAGUACAUCGACGGAGAAUCACACGCCACCUGGCCCGCCAACCCUUUUCGAGCGAGCCUCGGUGCAUCAGCACUACAAUUGCUCAAUCAAUGACCUCAAGAUUCGCGGGCGGCUCCUCGCCUGCGGGUACGCCAAUGGCCAUCUGGAGGUCGUCGACAUUCCUACCGGUCGCGUGCUUUACCCGCCUGAUGAGGGGCAGGGGGAGCGUAAGCGUAUCCCGCAGUUGAGAGGGGUGGCUUGCAUGGAGUUUGGAAUGCCGGGACCUGCGCUCAAGGUAGGAGGAGCUGUUGAGCCCAUCAGCGAGGAGGUACUGAAGGGGUCGGUGAUUAUCUGCGGAUCGACGGACUUGUCCAUCUACUGCUACUCGCCCUACUCGGGUGACCUCCUCGCGGUGCUGGAGGGGCAUCAGGCAAUGCCUCGCUCCCUGCAUUUGGACGAGGAGAAGGGGCUGCUCAUUAGCGUAGGAUACGACGGAAUUGUCAACAUGUGGGACGUGGGGCGCCUCUUCUGGGUUGAGGAGAGGAGAGGUCAGCAUGCAUUGGGGUGGAAUGCAAGGGGCGAUUGGGCCGAGCUCACUCGCGCCCGUACUACAUCGGUCUCCGAGAGCCAACAAGGUGACAGUAGUGCAGAAACAUCGCAGCCGGUUGCCACCACCGGCCCUUCGGCCGUGUACAAGCCCAAACCAAUCUACACCUCCCGCGACUUCAAUUUCCACACCUCUUCGCGCUCCAACACCAAUCGCGCAGGUACGAAUGCGGGCGCGGCCGGCGCCGUCAAUGCGCAGGGCAUCACAGCCGGUCAAGCCCAACAAACCAAUGGAGGCGCUGCCGGUGCCACUGGUGGUGGAGGCGGGAAUGUUGCCACGGCAACGACCUGGCGUGCCUCGACCGGUGGCACACCGAGGGUGCCCUGUCGAUUGUUCGGCGUGGCCUUUGAUGGGAAACGCAUCUUGACCGUGGGGGAGACGCGACAUAUCUUUGUGAGGGAGUUGUUGCCUCCUGCUGCUGCUGCCAAGCGGGCACAGGAAGGGGUGGAGGAGGAGAAGCAAGGGAACGAGAGCGAGGAGGAGGAGGGUGGGAGUGAGGGAGAGCGAGAGGGAGAGCGAGGACUGGGAGGCUAUGUCCGUCCCGAGGAAAGGGGCAGGGAGUGGGUCGGUUGGGAGAUGUUUGCUUGACCUUUUGACUUUUCGCUUCACAUCCUCGUAUGGAGAGGCGCCAUUGCUUUGUGUCCUCGUCGCCGUCGUCUCAUAUCUACUCCUCCUUCUACAUCUCAACAUCACAAUCUAUACCAAUCUCAGAC